AUGAAUAAGGCAGGGGGAAUGACAUUGUUUUGGGACUCAGAUGUUAAAAUUUUGCAAGUGCAGCACACUUCCUUCACUGUGGAAGCUAAGAUUGAGGACCAGGAAAAAAAGUGGGGAGAAAGAUGUAGAGCUGAGUGGAGCUUCAAUGACUUCAGGAACUUCUUAAGUACAAAUCAGAUGGUGGAUCUGGGAUUCGAAGGGCAGCCGUGGACAUGGUGUAAUAACUGGGGAAAUGAAGGCGAAAUCAUGCAAAGGCUAGAUAGACCCAUGAGUAGUGCAGAUUGGAACCUGGAGUUUGAGAGUGUGAAAUGCUCUCACAUUAAAACAUAUGCUUCAGAUCAUUGCGCCUUGAUGAUAGACACUAAGCCUACGGUUGUGAGGAAAAAAAGAAGGUUCUUUUUUGAUAAAAGGUGGCUACAACAUGAGAAUAUAGCUGAGGUCGUCAAAAAAGCUUGGAAGGAAAAUAUUGAAGGUUUUCGGAUGUACCAAGUGCAAUCAAAAUUGAGGAACUAUAGAGUAGCCUUACUUAAGUGGAGUAACGGCAUUCACAAAAACUCCAAGGAUAAGAUAGAUAACCUCAAAAAGCAAUUGGACCAGACUAGAAAAUCUGCUAUGGACAACAAGAGAGAAAAGGUGGCCGGCCUAAAGACACAACUGAUAGAGGCUUAUAAUGAGGAGGAAAUCUAUUGGAGUCAAAAGGCCAGGCUCAAAUGGUUGCAAGAAGGAGACAGAAAUACCCAAUACUUCCAUGCACAGGUAAAUGGAAGAAGAAAACAAAACAGAUUGCAAAGGCUCCAAAGGGAGGAUGGUGGCUGGACUAAAUCCGAAGAAGAAACUGGGAAAGUGAUUGCUGACUACUACAGGAACCUCUUCGCCAAGUCUUCAGACAGUAAUGCUCAAGAGGUACUAGAGGGGAUCCCAACUACUAUUACGGCAAAAAUAAACAGGGAGUUAACCAAGGAAGUGACAGAAGAAGAGAUCAAAAAUGCUUUCUUCACUAUGGAUUGCAAUAAAGCUCCUGGCUCCGAUACCUUUAUACCUGGGAGGCACAUCAUUGAUAACAUUAUCAUUUCCCAUGAAUAUUUGCACUUUCUUAAGAAUAAAAGACUUGGGAAGGAUGGUUAUAUGGCUGUGAAGCUGGAUAUGUCGAAAGCCUACGAUAGAGUUAAAUGGGAAUUUUUACAAGCUAUUAUGAGUAAAAUGGCAUUUUGUGAGAGGUUAUGUAAAGAUAUCUGUUCACUUCUAUCAAAAUUCUGGUGGGGUGAGCAAGACAACAAAGACAAAAUUCAUUGGGUGGCUUGGGAGAAGUUGACCAAGAAGAAGAAGAAUGGUGGCCUCGGGUUUAAGGAUUUUCAAAGCUUUAAUAGAGCCUUGCUAGCCAAACAGAUUUGGAGAAUCAUAAGGAAUCCAAAUCUGUUGUCUAGCAAGGUGCUAAAGGCAAAAGAGGCUAUGUGGAGGGGAGUAAGAAGACGCAUAGGAAAUGGAAAAAAAACCAGCAUUUGGAACGAUCAAUGGAUCCUAAGCAAUGGCAAAGGGAAACCUGUUACGGCCAAAUCACAAGGAUGCAAACUUGACAAAGUUGCUGACUUGAUCAGUAACUUCAGGUGGAAUAGACCUCUCAUUUUCAAGACGUUUUGUAAGGAGGAUGCAGAUAAUAUUUUGAAAAUCCCAAUCAGCAUCACGGGAAGAGAUGAUAACACCUUCUGGACAAGGAACAUAAAUGGGGAGUACACGGUGCAGUCUGGAUACAAAAUGGAAAUGGAAAGAAAGGAGGAAGUGAUUAGGAAAGAAGGUGAGGGAGUGGAAAUGAGUUUUAACUCAGUGAGCCAGCAAGUGUGGAAGGUUCUGUGGAGCUUAAACAUUAGCCACAAAGUUAAGAUGUUUAUUUGGAAAGGUCUCUCGGAUGCGGUACCAGUCAAGGAGCUAAUAUGGAGGAGAAUCAAAAGGGGAGAUCCAAUAUGUUCUAUAUGCGGUGAAGAGGUGGAAACACUGGAACACAUGCUACUUAAAUGCAGCAAAAUCUGGAAAAGUAGGAACAACAAGGUUUUCAACAACAAAGACAGGGACCUAGCUGCAAUUAUAAACAAAGCAUGCAGAGCUUGGGGGGAAUUUGAAAAUGCAGCAGGGAAAGCUAGGCGUUGGAGCGAUGGGAAGAUAGCAGUAGCUCAACAACAAAGGGACCAAGAAGAAGAGCAGCCAGAGCAUGCCACAGGUGUAGGAACAACACUGAGAAUAGCAGUGCAAUGGAGUAAAGAGGACAAUAUCGUUGGGUAUGGCAUUGUAGCGUAUGAUGGAAUACAACAGGAAAUAUUGGCUUGGGGGAUGAAAGAAAGGGCAGUGGAUAGCCAACUUCAACAUCUGGCUGAAGGUGUCAAGCUAGCCCAAAUUAAGGCAGCCGAACAAGGUUGGCGUUUGAUUAACAUAGGUGUUCCUGACAAAAAUUUGCUACAACAAAUCCAGCAGACAAAACCACUGGCAGAAAGAAUUGUAACCGUGGUGUAA